AUGGCGUCGUCAUCAAACUCAAGUACAAAGGAGAUCAUUGAUUUGAACAAAAUUUUGACUUCAAAUGAUUCAACUGAAAUCCAACGAAUGCAGCGAGAAUUCGAAUCUAAUGGUUGGUGUUUCGUGUCUUUACCAAAAGAACUUAUUCCAACAUCCGCUUUGACUCACGAACUCCAGAAGUUUUUCCAAAGUGAUGCAGCCAAGAAGAGAUAUUCUCAAUUCGAUCCAAUCUAUGGUUAUUCUCAAGUCGAUCACAAAGAAGGACUGAAACUGUUAACAGGUAGUUAUUAUGGACAGUUUGCUAACAAAGGUUUAGUUCCCCGAAAUCUUGUCCAGCCAUUGAACUAUCUCUCUCAAGCAUUCGAUGUAGUGACAAAACGACUCAUCGAGCUUCUCGAUCAACAUUGUGUCUUUCAAUCACAACCAUCAUUGUCUACACUCAUUCAGAAAGCAGAUCUACCACUGAAAGAUGAACACUUUGGAAUGCUCGACAUUGUCUCCUAUUUCAACAAGAAGAAUGGCUUCAAAGCACCAGAAAAUGGAGAAUCGACGGAAGAAGUCAACUGUGUUCCACACUAUGAUCCUGGUCUGCUAUCGAUCAGUAUUCUAUCAACACACGAAGGACUACAGCUGAAAGAUAUGAGAAGAAAUGAAUGGAUCGAUGGGCCGGUGGAAUCGAAUGUGGGUGUUAUUUGGUUGGGAGAAGCAGCAGUUCGAGCAACGGAGAACCGAUUGAAGGCAGGUAUUCAUCGAGUUGUUUAUCCUCAAACUGCUGGCAUUCGAUUGACAAUGUGGUAUGAAGUGUGUACCGUCGAGCAGCUGAAGAAUCUGAGUAGUAAGAAGCAAAAUGAAGUAAUGGCUGCUGGAAAUGUAGUAUUUCAUAAUCUUCCUGGAUCAAAGCCUAUUGCCGUACGAAAUGGAGAAACAAGACUCGAGUUUCUCAGACGAGUGGAGAUGGCAAAUGGAUUAUCUAUGAGUAAAUCAGGCCCGCCACACUAUAAACUAGACAAACAUGACAUUUCAUAUUCAACGAAUAUAUAA